CUAGAGAAAUGUGCACACGCACACACACACACACUCACACACAAGACGACAACGGUCUCCUGUUUGUGGGUGCACUUGCUUUCCUGGGGACCUGAAGGCGGACUAAUCCAUCCAGUGAAACCCUCUCCUAGCCUCCUCCCAGCCGGAUCCUGUCUGCUGACGUGUCGGCUCCAGCGGCGGAGUCAAGAAGCCAGGCUACGAAACUGCCAGCAUGGCAGCCAAACACUUCUACAGACAAGGCUUUUUAUUACUUUUAUUCAACUUUAUCUCAACCGCGGCCUUGGAGAAACGAUUCUCCGACUUUAAAAGAUGCGCCGACGAGGAGUGCAGCAUGCUUCUGUGUCGGGGAAAAGCUGUUCAAGAUUUCUCAGGACCUGAUUGUCGUUUCCUAUCGUUCAAGAAAUCUGAAACUGUAUAUGUUUAUUACAAACUGUCCGGAAGAAGAGCUGAUAUGUGGGCUGGAAGUGUUGGAAACAAUUUUGGCUAUUUCCCAAAGGACUUUCUGGCUGUAAACCACAUUUACACUGACAAAGAAGUUGAAAUUCCGACAGAGGAAACAGAUUUUGUCUGUUUCGAUACUGGAUUUAGCAAGUUUGAUGUCUACGAUAUAGACCUGCUCUUAGGUUUGUCUUUAGAGGACAAGGACAGUCAAAAUAAUGAAACAAUCACCCAAUUUGAAGCAGAAGGAAGCGAACAAGGAGAACCACAGCCAUCAGAAGAAGAAGUAACUACAAGUGAAAAACAAACUGAGCAUGGGGAGUUUUCAGAAGAUCUUGAUGAAUUACACGAUCCAAGUGCCUCGUUAUCUGAGCGUGCCACAUCAAUGGACUCACCUUUGAUGAAAAACCUUGAGUCUGACACAGAAGAUGUUCUUGAUGAAACAGAACAUGCACAUGGGGUAACGGAGGAUGUUCCUGUAGUUACAGGAGAAAAACUUGAGCAAAAACAGGAGCCAAGCUCUUCUCUGGAACAGGCAUCAGAUGAUGGGGAAGUUCAGAAUGGAGCCAUUGAAUCUGAGUCGGAAUCGACACCCAAGAGGGAUUUUGAACCUGUGUCUGAUUCUGAGCGAGUGCAGAUCCCGGAGCUGAAAACUACCCUGGGAACAACGUUUGAUGCCGUCACAACUGAUGAUGAAAUCACGACAAAAGUGACACCGUAUGAGGAGGAAGAUGAAGAAGAUGUGGAAGAACGGCCAGAAGAUGUAACAGACAAUAGAGAGGAGGUUCUACGGCUCUCUUUUUCUGAAGAAACCAUCGACACCCCAAAACUAGAUUACCUUACAAAGGAUGAAGGUUCACAGACAACCCAGGACGAUAAACCAAAGACGACAGAGGACAAAAGCAUGUGGUCAACACUUGGAGAUGCUGUGUUUAAAGUUGUGACCGGGGGAGAGACCACAGCAGGAGAUGAGAGUUCAGAUGAAGAUGACGAUGACAAUGAAGAUUACGAAGAGGAAAACCACUCAAAAAUCUCUCAAACCUUUGAGAAAACUGUACCAUUUUCAGCAGAACCUCAGAAAGACCAACUUUUGGUUGAUAACGAAGAAAAGACUGUUAAAAGGUUAGUUGGACAUCAGGAACCUCAGUUGGAGACACCGAAGCCUGAUGAUGAGCCAGUUGUCUCCCCAACAGACCAGAGUAGCAACUCAGCAGAUCCAGUAUUGCAAGAUGAUGUGGAAAACAAUCCUAAUAGUGAAGAUGUUCAAAUAGGACACGAACCAACCCAGGACCAAGAAGAUGAGUCUCUGGAGCACUCGGAUUUGCGUGAAAAUCAUGAAGAAAGGCAGGACAGUGGUGAUGUAGGAGAGCAGUCUUCAGAAAACCAAACUGUGACGAACCAGGAGUCAGCCAUUCACACAAGUGAACAGGAUCAGGAUCUUUCUGCUGAAAAGAGGCCGUCCAAUGAUUCAGAUGUCAGAGAUGAGACAAACGUAGAAGGUGACAGACCACUUCAUCAAACAGAUGACCAUUUAGUGAAAGAUUUCGAAAGCAAUAGCAGCUUUACACGAUUAUCUACCGAGGAACCGGAAAUGCACGAGCAGCCACAAACCAAGGAGAGGGAUGAAAAGAAUGUAGAGGUGGAGGAGGAAAAGUAUGGAGAGGAAGAGCAGCUACUCGAAGAUGAAAAUGCUCUGUCUUUCUCACAGUCGGAUGAUGCAUACACGGAUAAAGCCUCCCCGGAAACAACCCCUUCACCACCCGAGCCAGAAUACAGCGAAAGCAUAAUGAGACUGAAUCUGCUGAGGAACCACUUCUCAGAGGAAAACAUAGAGCGGGUCCUGAAGCUCUUGGGCCUGAACAAUCUCUUCAGAGUGGAGUCCAUGUUUGCUGACCUGGACACGGAGUUGCGGGCGACCCGCCUGUCUCACACCGGCAGCACACAGGACAUCGAGGAUGCACUUGAGAGCAUCCUCGAGGUGUCUGAGAACACCAUAUUGGACGAGAUCGAAAAGAUGCUCGACAGCCGGGACUCAAAACAAGACCCCAGCCAAGACGUGGACAGCAGCAGCUUAGACGAGGAAACAGAACUCCUGGAUAACUUUCAGGAGAUGGCAUUCAGCCUGCGACAAAAGUACUCAACCGCCAGUGACAGUGCACCUUUAGCAACAGAGAAAGUGCCAGAUAAUCAGCAAGAUGAACAUCUAUUGAAAGCUACAGAAGAAAAACCCCACACUGUGGAAGAUGUAAUCAACAACAUACCUGAACCCAAUCAGGACGAUAACCUCACACUUGUGAAUCAUGAAAUGGGGCCAGAUAAUCCUGAAGAGGAGCUGAAGAUUGUACCCACCAGACCAGAUGUCAGUGUGGAGGAAGAUAGUGGACAUUUCAAUAGGAACAAGGACAAUCAGCCAAACUUUGCCACGUCAGAUGAGAUGCAAAAGCUCCCUCAAGCAACCCUGGAGAGCCCCUCAGACACGGGGCUCGCUGCAGAGCUUGAGCCUUCCUCUUUAGGAUCCUUGGGCUCCAUGGAGCAAGUGACUGAAAUGCACGAAGAAGUUGGAUCAUUCUCAACUGGAGUCGUUUAUAUGGGCUGCAUCUUCUCAAUAAUCAAGAAUAAAACUACAGAGUGGACCACAGUGAUGAUUUCCUUGCUACCAGAGGAAUGGAAGCCAGGGGAAACUUUAUUUGGCUGUCCUUGGCAGGCUGUCAUCAUCACUGCUUUUGUUGGAAUAUUGACCUUCACCCUCUUCUUUUGGAGGACUGUACUGGCUGUGAAGAAAAGGGAAUACCUUGUGGAUGAAAAAAAACUUGCAGAUCAAAUUGAGACUCUCAAAAAGGAAAAGAACAAUGCUCAUACAAAAAUAUCUGAACUCCAGAAACAGACUGAACAACUGAAAGAAAACCAGAAACAAUCAAAGAAAACAGUCAGUUCCACAAUGAAAAAGAUGCAGGACUUGGAGGGUAAAGUUUUAGAGGCAGAGAAGCGGAAUGAACAGUUAGCUGAGGAACGACACAAAUACGCAAAACUGCUCGAAGAAGAGCGCACCAUCUGUAUGCAAAAUGAAAGCAGGAUUGAAAAAUUAGAAAAGUCAAAUGAGAAGCUUCAAGUGGGCAGGAAGAAGGUUCAAGAAGCACUCUCCAAGACGACUAUUCUCCUGGACGAGGCCAAGAUUCGAGAAGAUGCACGAAACGCUCAGCACAAAUGUUUGGAGAGAGAAUUUGCUAUCUUAAAGGAGGACAACAAAUCACUCAAGGCUACUAUUAGAGGCUGGGAGGACAAACAUAAGGAGCUGAACGAAAAGAUUAAAGUCUAUCAGAGGGCCCAAAAAGAGCUGGAGGAUUCUGUCGUGCUCAAAGAUCACAAUGUCGAGGUGCUGUCGGAGCUUCUGUCAGACUUGGACGCUUGUGAUUUGCAAAAAGGGGACACCAAAGUGUUAGCCAAUGGUGAAGUUGCAGCCGUUUCUUUAACAGAUAAGAGAACAGCCAUACAGAACAGAAUCAAACAAAUGAUGGAUGUAUCCAGGGUUCAAACCACUCUCACUGUCGUUGAAGAGGAACGCGACCGCUUCAUGACAAAACUGCUCGAUGUAGAAAAGUCUAGGAAGGAGCUAGAAGAAAAACACCAGGAGCUGGAACAUGCAAUCGGAGCUCUCAAAGGCGAGAAGAGCCACGUCGAAAACCAGUUUAAGAUCCUUCAGCAGAAAAACGAAAUCAUGGUGGAAAUGUACCAGCAGAAGGAAAACGCACUACAGCAGAAAUUAACAAAGGAGGAGCUGGAUCGACGCAGCAAAGAGAGCCUGCUGUCUGAGGUGGGGGGGAAAGCUCUGGAAGCAGAGGAGCAGGUGAAGGUCUUAAGGCAGCGCAUCAAUGAAAUGGAGGAGCAGAUGAAAAAGACGGAAGAGGUCUAUAAAGAGCAGAUUAAAGAGCAGGAAAACAAAACUCACUCCAACUGGGUGAAUGCUCGGAAUGCUGAGCGAGCCCUGAGUCAGGAGAAGCUGGAAGGGUCCAAGCUGCGCGAAAAGCUGGAAGUGCUCACCUCGCAGCUGAACGAGCGGCGGGCUCCUCUCUUCAGACCCAACUCCGGUCAGCCCGCGGGCCCUCGCCAAGGUGAUUCAUACGGGCCCUCUCCUGUGAGCGGGGGAGCCCCGUCCCCUCCUUUAAUGAUCGAGGGUCCCAGGCGCCCUCCCUCCGCCCCAGUCGGGCGACGAAUUGACCCGUAUGGACCUCGACCUCCAUCAGAUCCACAUGGUCGUUACCCUGAAAAUAAACACAUCCCUGACAUGAUGGGGCCCCGAAGCUCGUCUCCUGCCAACAUGGAUGGAUCCACACAGGCCAUAGAUCCACAGAUAAAAGCCGAAACUCAGGCUGUAGCUUCCACAGAAAGUCCAGAGCCUGGACCCGGGUCGUUCCUGGCGUCGCCUAUCAGGGACUCCCCCGGCCCCAUGGUUCCCGGGCCCCAUCCUGGCCCCGGACCUCAUGACCCACUGCUCCCUCCUGGAACUCUCGGCCGUCUGCCCCCACCCGGACCCUACAGGCCGCCACGGCCGGGCCCCUACCAUCUCCCACCCGGCCCUCUUCCUCCCCCCCUUCACGGUCCUCCUCUACCAGCCAAUGGACACCCGGGAAUGCCCCCGCUUGGGCCAAUGGGAGGAGAGUUUGGACCUCGACCCGCCAACGGACACUUAUUCCACACCAGACCAGGGCCUGGACCUCUAGAUCCUCGGGGUCCACUACCACCGCCGCCACCACAUUUCCGUCCCCCUCCACCUCAUCACCUGGGACCAAUGCCUCCACCACCUGGAGUCCGUGGGCCAUUGGGACCACGUCCACCCAUCCCCUUCCCAGGGAUGCGCCACCCCAGCCCACACAUGGACCUGCCCCCGGGUGUCCCCCCCCCUUCGGUUCACCCCGGUGGGGUAUACGGUCAGCCUGCACCCAGUGCCCUCCAGAACUCAGCGGGCGGCCCCGGUCAGGAACACAGCGUGAAGCAGGAGGCCCCUCAGGACUCAGCAAGGCCACCCGUGGCCCAGCCUUAACACACCAGCCAUGGCAAAAGACUUGACCACAUCUUCAGCCCCUAAACUGUCCCAACAGCCCAGACCCAGUCCAAACAUAGGUCAUGAUGAUUUUCAUAUUUCUGUCAUUAAAAAAAAAAACACCCAAAAAACUGUGACGUCUUUAGAUUAAAGAAUCAUCAAUAAUUAUGUGUCUGAAAUCGAUGAGAGGGUUGCUACUUAACAGCCUACUGUGCAAUAACACUUCCGUAUAUGCCAGAGGAUUUUCAUUUCUGUUCUUUUUAAAAAUAUAUAGCAAUGAUUUUUAAUGAGCAAAUUUUGAAUGCCAUUUCCUGUGGAAAUUAUUAAAAAAAAGGAGAACCAGGGAGGUUUAGUUUAUAGCAUUUCAGGAUUACAGUUUCCCAAAGUUGUUGCUUCAGGUCAAACUGUGAGGCAGAUGUGUAAUUUGAUGGCCAGAUGUAUAACUUAUUUUACUAUGUCGGUAGUACUUUUAAUAAUAAAGAAUGUAUAUGCUGUCAGCAUUAUGUUAUCAGCCUGAAGUGCUCUUUACAUACUUUCUGUCUUCAAGUUUGUGAGCUGGGAAGAAGCCUUUGAAGGGGAAAAAAAUAAGGCAUACAUCUGUGCUGCUACAAAGAUGAG